UACGUUUUCCUACUCAAUCGGAACACUUUUCAAUACUCGACAAUGGUGAAGCUUUUCAGAGAGAAAAAGGACAUGGGUUCUCCGAAAAUUCAGAACUUCAAACGUCAAACGGUUCUUCAUAAAGGGCAGAGAACUCGUCUUCCAGCCACGUAUAUUGCUCCAGAGGAUGUCUCAAUUUGGGAUAUCAUCCGGCCAAAUCUCGGAAAAGACUUCUCUCGGUUCACGGUGCCAGUGUUCAUGAAUGAACCUCUCAGCUUCCUUCAAAGACUUUCUGAAAAUGUGCAAUACAAUUAUUUGCUCGAAAAAGCGGCAAAAUGUUCAGAUGAUAUGGAGAGAAUUGAGUAUGUUGCCGCAUUUGCAUUGGCGACUGUCUCAGCAAAUCACAAGCGACUCUCCAAACCGUUCAAUCCAUUGCUUCUGGAAACUUUCGAGCUUGAGAGAAACGGUGUUCGCUUCCUGGCCGAACAAGUUUCCCAUCAUCCACCAAUAUCGGCUGUCUAUGCAGAAUCCGACGAAUUUACGGUCGAGGGUACAGUUGAACCGACACUUGGAUUCUGGAUGACCAAAUUGCUUGCCAAUCCACAUGCACAUCUCAAGUUGACUUUUAAAAAAACCGGAGAGACGUACUCGUGGUCAGCCCCCAAAUGCGCCAUCUAUAAUGUGAUAAUGGGGAAGAUGUACAUGAACUUUACGAGUCACAUGAAAAUCGAAUCAUCCGGUACUUACGACGCAGUGUUCUCAUUCGACAACAAAGGAUACUACAACCAUAAGGGAGGUGAUGUACACGUGGAAGGACACAUUUUCGAAGGAAAGAAUAAGAUCAAAGCAUUGUACGGAAAUUGGACACUUUUCCUGGCAUCCUGUGAUAAUGAAGACUUCAAACAUCAUCGGAAGGAGUAUCUUCGAAUGUUUAAUGAAACAGUUUCGGAAAAGGAUCAGGGUCCUGUGGUACCGGGAUCCAAGAUUCUUUGGGUUUCGAAUCAGAUUCCGAAGCUCUUCGAUGAUCAGUUCCACUUUACCAACUUCACACUUUCUCUCAAUGAAAUGUAUCCUGGAAUGAGUGACACUGUUGCUCCAACUGAUAGUCGUCGUCGUAAGGAUAUGAAAGCAUUGGAAGAUGGGAAAAAUGAUGAAGCUGAAGAGUUUAAACAUAAGUAUGAAGAGGAGCAACGGGAGAGAAGAACCACUAAGACUGGUGAUGUUCCCAUGUGGUUUGCCAAAAACGACGAAGGUCACUGGGCGUACAAGGGUGGCUACUGGGAUCGUGACUACUCCAAUUGUCUGGAACUUUUCGAGUCUCUGGAAAAUAGCUCGACAAACUCAUCGAACUCAUCAAUUUCUUCAGUCGAUUGAGCCAUCAGAAUUUAUUUGAAUUUUCGAGUCAUAAUAUGGGUAUCUCAUCAUCCUAUGUCAUUUUGUCCACCGUCGUUUCAUGAAUGAAGUUCUGAUUUUUAUG